GUGUUUUGUUAAUUAAUUAUUUUGAAAAAGAGGAAGUAAAGAAUCACUGAUAGAAUUUGGAAAUCUAAAAUGUAUUCAAGCUAUCAAGCUAAAAUUGAAGACAGCUCCUGUUUUAUAAACUUUUUAAACUACCCUUAAUAGUGUGAAAGAUAUGAAGAUGGCACAUUACCAGUUUAUAAAUCUCAUUCUGUUCUGACAUUGACAACUUACCCUUAGAGUUCCAGAAGAAGAAAAAGAGUUAGACUAAAUGAUUCUCUUAGUUAUUGCUCUAUAAUAAAUGAUAGCCAUCAAAAUAGAUAGCAUUCAUCCCUCACCUAAAACCAUUCAUCAUCAUCAUCAUCCUUCUAACCUAGUCUAAAAAAAAUAUAUGUCGGAUCAUCUAAUGUAGACUUAAGUACGUAAGAAACCAUAUAAAGUUAAUUUAGGAGUAGCAUUUAUGACUAUCAAAGCUAUAUUUAAUCAUUUCCAGACUAUCGUCUACGUAGAAUAUGCAGCUAUAAAUAUUUAAAACAUAUCGACCAUUAAAAUAACACUUUGAAUAAAAGCUAAAGCUAACAAUCAUAAAAGUAUUAGCAUUUUGAUUAUAAAAAUCUAUGCAUGCUUUUUUAAGACAAAUAUUUCUCGGUUCAGCUCAUAGACUCUCUGAAUUUAUAAGAGAAGUGUUUGAAUUUUGUACAAAGCUAUUAACUUAGUAUACCUUCCAACAUUCAAUUAAAUUCAAACUUUAGUUCAAAACAAGAAGAAGAAGAGGAAGAAAACACUGCUAAUUAAACAUAUUUAAACUAAAAUGAAAUAAACUUUUAAAUAAAUAGCAGUUAAUUAUAAUAAUUUGAAAAAGAAAAUAAUAUUAUUGUAAAAUAAAAAGCCAAAUUAUAAAUAAAUUAGCAGUUAUAAAAGAAUACAAGGUCUUUCAAAAGAAAAUAGGAAGUAUUAACUGAAAUAGAAAACACUAAAACUAAAAGACCGAACUCUAGAUAUUAAAUUUUAGUGAAAAAUAUCUAAUACGAAACUAUCAAAGAAAUUACCGACAUCUAAAAAAUAGAGUUUUCCAAAAGAACGAUCAGUAAAGUAAUAACUAAAUUUAUCUUAUUUUUGAAAGGUGACUACCGCACUCUUAAGUAUUAUGACCUCGAAUAAAAAUGCUAAAAUGGUACAGCCCAAAGAAUAUUGAAAAAUUAAGACCCUUAAUAAUUUAGCGAUGAGGAUUAGAAUACAUAAGCACCAAAUUUUAAUUAAAACUGUUCAUUUGAAUUACCUAAAUUUAAUUUAUUUGAGCUGCUUGAAGAAUAAGAUCAUAAGGAAAUGUUGUAAACAGAUUCGAAUUCAGUAAAUAAAGGCGUUAAUUCUGUCAGAAAUUAACGCUACUCUCUAACAUCUAAUUCAUCUUAAGGUUAGUGUGAUAAAUUUAUUAAAGAGGCAGUCAGAGAUUAAUACCAGAUCCAUAAAUAAAACUAACAUCAUUCAUCAUUUUAAUCAACUCCAAUAAAUCAAAAUUUAGAUAAAUCAUAAGUAUGUAUUAACGCAACCGUAAAAAUCAACGAAGAUUUGUGCCCAUCUCAAGAUGAAUAGCAAGCAAGCUAAAGUAUUUCUAAUUCCCCUAAAGCAAAUUUUAAUAAAUUAAAAUAAAUUAAUCUUUAGCGCAAGUAAAGUGAAAGUAGCUUUUGUCCUGAAGGUUAUUUAAACCCUAUUAAUAAUAAUAAUAAUGAUAGUAAAAUCUAAAUAAAAUCAAAGUAAACUCUUUUUAAUCUUUCCAAAUAUUUAAUGCACCUAAUUCUAGAAUACUUAAGUGAAGAGCAUUUAGAUGGAUUACAAAUAAUACCUGGCUUUCAAUCACUUAUUUAAAAUGUGGUAAAGCGAAUUAAAAAGAAAGGUUAAAGGACUGAACAUUCAUAAACGUAUUACUACAAUCAUAGUCACUACAAUUGUCUCUUCCUAUUAUUGAGUGAUGGGAACAUUGAAUAUGUAUAAAAUUAGAAAGAGUUGAUGGAGUUGCAUUAAUAUGUUUAUGAAAUUAAUGAUUUCAUCAAAGCUUUUGACCUUACAUAAAUAAAUUUUAUAAAAGCCAUAGUCGCUCGACUGAUUAUUAAAUAAUUUAAAUUAAUAAGAUAACUAAUUGAUCAACAAAUAUAAUUGAACCCUAUCAAAUAUUAGACAUAUAAUAAUUACAUGAUAACAAAACUCUAGUAUUUUGAAAGAGUAUAUCAAGGAAUUAAAAAUCUGAAAAAAGGACAAAUCCUUGUUAGAUUUUGA